GAGCGUUGUUACCGAACUAGGAAGGUCGGUCUAACUGUAGUAGCUAUUGUGAGCUCUCGUCUCUCUGUCGGGUGGUACAGCCAGUGUGCCAGUACUAGUACAGCUCUGCUCCGCUCCACCGCCGCUUGCGUUGCGCUGGUGCUGCUGCUGCUUACACAAUAACUGUGCAUCGAUAAAUCCGAAGAAGAAGCACACAGGAUAUAUUAAACGCAAAGAAAAAAGCUUAAAAACAAACUCUUAGGCUGUCCAUACAGCUUAACGAGUAUAACGAGUGUGUGUGAUUUGUUAUUGUUGUAUGCCCCAGCAUAAGCUAAAGAAGUGUGCAAAAAAGUUUUAACGGGGUAGUUUCCUGCGAAACCCCCUCUCUCUCCCCCGAUAGAACCAGAAGCCGCAAACAACUACGGCAACGGAAGAUAUUGUGUAAUCGCAUACGAGAUUUAAAAGUCAAGACGCAAGAUGCCGGCCAAAGCAGCUAAGAAAGAGAACUUAGAUGAUCUCAAACAGGAGUUGGAUAUUGACCAUCAUAAAAUCUCUCCUGAGGAGAUGUAUCAGCGCUUUCAGACACAUCCCGAAAAUGGUCUAAGUCAUGCCAAGGCUAAGGAGAAUUUAGAGCGAGAUGGUCCUAACGCGCUGACACCGCCCAAGCAGACACCCGAAUGGGUCAAGUUCUGCAAGAAUCUGUUCGGUGGCUUCGCCAUGUUGCUGUGGAUCGGUGCUAUAUUGUGCUUUGUGGCCUACUCUAUUCAGGCCACUACCAGCGAGGAGCCAGCCGAUGAUAACUUGUAUCUGGGUAUUGUACUUUCCGCUGUCGUCAUUGUGACAGGCAUUUUCUCUUACUACCAGGAAUCGAAAAGCUCCAAGAUUAUGGAGUCGUUCAAGAACAUGGUGCCCCAGUUUGCUACAGUUAUUCGCGAGGGCGAGAAAUUGACGCUGCGCGCCGAGGAUCUCGUACUGGGUGAUGUCGUUGAAGUGAAAUUCGGUGAUCGUAUUCCAGCUGAUAUACGCAUCAUUGAGGCGCGUAAUUUCAAGGUAGACAACUCUUCGCUUACUGGUGAAUCUGAGCCGCAGUCGCGUGGCGCUGAGUUCACACACGAGAACCCGUUGGAGACCAAGAACUUGGCCUUCUUCUCGACCAAUGCUGUGGAAGGCACUGCCAAGGGUGUUGUCAUUAGCUGCGGUGAUCACACCGUGAUGGGCCGCAUUGCUGGCUUGGCCUCCGGUCUGGAUACCGGCGAGACCCCAAUUGCGAAGGAAAUCCAUCAUUUCAUUCACUUGAUCACCGGCGUCGCUGUAUUCCUGGGUGUCACCUUCUUCGUCAUUGCAUUCAUUUUAGGCUACCACUGGCUGGAUGCUGUCAUCUUCCUCAUCGGUAUUAUCGUGGCCAACGUGCCCGAAGGUCUGCUGGCCACUGUCACCGUGUGCCUGACCCUUACCGCCAAGCGUAUGGCCUCGAAGAACUGCUUGGUCAAGAAUUUGGAAGCCGUCGAAACCCUGGGCUCUACCUCCACCAUUUGCUCUGACAAGACCGGCACACUCACCCAAAACCGCAUGACAGUCGCUCACAUGUGGUUCGAUAAUCAGAUCAUUGAAGCUGAUACCACUGAAGAUCAGUCGGGUGUUCAAUACGAUAGAACUAGCCCUGGAUUCAAGGCGCUCUCUCGCAUUGCCACUCUCUGUAACCGUGCCGAGUUCAAAGGUGGCCAGGAUGGUGUGCCAAUUCUCAAGAAGGAAGUCAGCGGUGACGCCUCCGAGGCUGCUCUGCUCAAGUGCAUGGAGCUGGCCUUGGGCGAUGUUAUGAAUAUUCGCAAGCGCAACAAGAAGAUUGCCGAGGUGCCCUUCAACUCGACCAACAAAUACCAAGUGUCCAUUCACGAGACCGAGGACUCAAACGAUCCACGCCAGCUGCUGGUCAUGAAGGGUGCACCCGAGCGCAUACUCGAGCGCUGCUCGACCAUCUUCAUCAACGGCAAGGAAAAGGUGCUCGACGAGGAGAUGAAGGAGGCAUUCAACAAUGCUUACAUGGAGCUGGGAGGCCUGGGCGAACGUGUGUUGGGCUUCUGCGACUUUAUGCUGCCAUCUGAUAAAUAUCCCAUUGGAUUUAAGUUCAACACCGACGAUAUUAACUUCCCCAUCGACAAUCUACGCUUUGUGGGCCUUAUGUCCAUGAUUGAUCCUCCCCGUGCUGCUGUGCCCGAUGCUGUUGCCAAGUGCCGUUCCGCUGGUAUUAAGGUCAUCAUGGUCACUGGUGAUCAUCCAAUUACUGCCAAAGCCAUUGCCAAAUCCGUUGGCAUUAUCUCUGAGGGCAACGAGACCAUUGAGGAUAUUGCCCAACGCCUUAACAUCCCCGUCUCCGAAGUCAACCCACGUGAGGCCAAGGCUGCCGUUGUCCACGGCGCUGAGCUGCGUGAUGUGUCCUCCGAUCAGCUCGACGAGAUUCUGCGCUAUCACACCGAAAUCGUAUUCGCUCGUACCUCGCCCCAGCAGAAGCUCAUCAUUGUCGAGGGUUGCCAGCGCAUGGGCGCCAUUGUGGCCGUCACUGGUGAUGGUGUCAACGAUUCGCCUGCCUUGAAGAAGGCCGAUAUUGGUGUUGCUAUGGGUAUUGCCGGCUCCGAUGUGUCCAAGCAGGCUGCUGACAUGAUCUUGUUGGACGACAACUUUGCCUCUAUUGUGACUGGUGUUGAGGAGGGUCGCUUGAUCUUCGACAAUCUGAAGAAGUCCAUUGCCUACACUCUGACCUCCAACAUACCCGAAAUCUCGCCCUUCUUGGCCUUCAUCCUCUGCGAUAUUCCACUGCCAUUGGGUACUGUAACAAUUCUGUGCAUCGAUUUGGGCACUGACAUGGUGCCAGCCAUUUCAUUGGCCUACGAACAUGCUGAAGCCGAUAUUAUGAAGCGUCCGCCACGUGACCCAUUCAACGAUAAAUUAGUGAACUCAAGAUUGAUUUCCAUGGCCUAUGGACAAAUUGGCAUGAUCCAAGCUGCUGCCGGUUUCUUUGUCUACUUCGUUAUUAUGGCUGAGAACGGUUUCUUGCCCAUGAAACUGUUUGGCAUUCGUAAGAUGUGGGACUCUAAGGCCGUCAACGAUCUAACUGACUCCUAUGGCCAGGAAUGGACUUAUCGCGAUCGCAAGACUUUGGAGUACACCUGCCACACGGCUUUCUUCAUCUCGAUUGUGGUUGUGCAGUGGGCCGAUUUGAUCAUCUGUAAGACGCGCCGAAACUCCAUCUUCCACCAGGGAAUGCGCAACUGGGCUUUGAACUUUGGCCUCGUUUUCGAAACAGUGCUGGCUGCCUUCCUCUCCUACUGCCCGGGCAUGGACAAGGGUCUGCGCAUGUAUCCGUUGAAGCUCGUCUGGUGGUUCCCAGCCAUUCCAUUCAUGUUGGCCAUCUUUAUCUAUGAUGAGACCCGUCGCUUCUACUUGCGUCGCAACCCAGGCGGCUGGUUGGAGCAGGAGACAUACUAUUAA